AAUUACGCAUAUGUGUACAACGAUAUAUAUUGAGUAGGAUUUUGUGGAAAAUUCAGUGAUUUCUGCAACACCACACCGACAAUACCACUAGAAACAUGAAGACUUUCAUUUUACUCGGAGUCUUGGUCGGCAGUGCCCUCUCACUCCCCACUUUGGGGGGGUUGGGUCUUGGUGCAGCUGCUGGACUCGGUGGUUCCAUCAGUGGAGCAGUCGGUGGCGCCGGUGGAUUAGGUGGUAAGGCGGGAGGAGCCGCUGGUUUAGCUGCAGGCAUCGGUGGCGGCGCAGGAGUCGGAGGAGCCAUUGGCGGAGCCGCUGGUGCUGGGGCCGGAGUAGCUGGGGCUGCUGGUGGGGCAGCCGGAGCUGGUGCCGGAGUAGCUGGUGCAGCUGGUGGAGCAGCUGGUGCUGGUGCCGGUAUCGCUGGGGCUGCUGGUGGAGCCGCUGGGGCUGCUGGUGGUGUAACUGGGGCUGCUGGUGGAGCCGCUGGUGCUGCUGGUGGUGUAGCUGGGGCAGCUGGUGGUGCAGCCGGAGCUGGUGCCGGAGUAGCUGGGGCUGCUGGUGGAGCCGCCGGCGCAGGUGCCGGUGCAGCUGGUGGUGUAACUGGGGCUGCUGGUGGAGCCGCUGGUGCUGGGGCCGGAAUAGCUGGGGCUGCUGGUGCUGCUGGUGGUGUAGCUGGGGCUGCUGGUGCUGCUGGUGAUGCAGCCGGUGGAGUAGCUGGUGCAGCCAAUGGCGCAGCUGGUGCCGGUGCUGCUGGUGAUGUUGCUGGCGCAGCCGGUGCAACCGGUGAUGCAGCUGGUGGAGUAGCUGGUGCAGGUGCAGGAGCAGGAUCAGCCGGAGCAGGAUCAGCAGGAUCAGCCGACGGCUCAGCCGGAGCAUCAGGAUCUGCUGACGGAUCAGCAUCAGGAUCAGCAUCAGGAUCGGGAUCAGCCUCAGGAUCAGCCGGAGCCUCAGGAUCAGCUGACGCAUCAGCUGGAGCAUCAGGUUCCGCUGACGGAUCAGCCUCAGCAUCAGGUUCGGGAUCAGCCUCAGGAUCAGGAUCCGCUGACGGAUCAGCCUCAGGAGCCGGAUCAACCGCAGGAGCAGGAUCAGCCGGAGGUGCUGGUGACGCAGCCGGAAGUGUAGCUGGUGCAGCCGACGCUGCUGGUGGUGCUGCUGGUGGAGUUACUGGUGCAGCCGGUGCUGCUGGUAGUGCCGCUGGUGGAGUUACUGGUGCUGCUGGUGCUGCUGGUGGUGCUGCUGGUGGAGUUACUGGUGCUGCUGGUGGCGCAGCCAGCGCAGGUGCCGGCGCCGCUGGUGCUGCGUCCGGAGCUGCUGAUGUAGCUGGUGGUAUUGGCGCUGGGGCCGGAGGUGCCGCUUCAGGAGCUGUCGGUGCUGGACUCGCUGCAGGUCUUUCUGCAGGUGCAGGACUUGGUGCAGCAGGAGCUCUCGGUGGUGCAGCAGGUGCCGGUCUCGCCGGAGGAGCUAGCAUUGGUGGAGCUGCAUCUAUCGGAGCUCAAGUAGCCGGACAAGCCGGCGCAGGAGCUGGUGCAGGCGCAGUUUAAAUUGGAGUUAACCAUCGAUGAAACUCGUCAAGCAAACAUAGUUUUUUAAGAUCAUUUGUGUUAUAAUGACACAAGUUUUUGAUCACCGGCCAUAUUUCAAAAUAAAUUGUACCUAGCUACUGUUUUAGAUUGUAAUGUAUACUUGUAUUACUUUAAUGUAAUAUAUUUAUAUCAUUUUUGUACACAAUUAAGUGAAUUUACCAAUAAAAGAAAUACAUACUGAAA